GUGUCACCCAGACUACACAGCCUGAAGGCAGGCCAGGGUUUCUGAGACCUGAGCCCAGCACAGGCUCUUGGAUGGAGGGAGAGGAAAAGCUGUCCAUUGUGGAUUUCCAGGGCUUCGUAAAACGGGAGACCCCAGCAGGUGACAGGAUGGAGAGUGAGACAAAGGGGGGGAAUCCCCAGCUGGAGGGUCCCGAGCACAUGCAGCCACACGGGAUGGUAUCUGGAAGAGCUGAAGGGGACGUUUUCCCUGAGAAAGCAGAAGGCUGUGAGAGUCAGCAAGGCCAAGAGAUGCAGCACGGAAACCAAGCAGGGACAAAAGAAGAAAAGAAUCGCACGCCCAUUGUUUCUGGGAAGAACAGUAGUCCGAGCUCAGACCUCACAGGUCACCAGAGAGGUGAUGCAGGAGAGAGACCAUAUAUAUGCCCCGACUGUGGGAAAAGCUUCACCCAGAAAUCAGCCCUUGUGCGACAUCAAAGACUCCACUCAGGAGAGAAACCCUACAGCUGUCGCGAUUGUGGGAAGAGCUUUAGCGUGAGCUCCCACCUUGUCACCCAUCAGAGGCUGCACACAGGGGAGAGACCCUACACCUGCCCUGACUGCGGGAAGAGCUUCAGUGAGAGCUCCAACUUCAUUCACCACCGGAGAACCCACACAGGAGAGAAGCCCUACCGAUGUCCCGAGUGCGGGAAGAGCUUCGGUAACAACUCGGACCUCACCCGGCAUCACCGAAUCCAUACAGGGGAGAGACCUUAUGAGUGCCCCGACUGUGGGAAAAGCUUCAGUGUGAGAUCACACCUCGUGAGACACCAGCGAGUGCAUCCAAAGGAGACCUCAAGGGAAGGUGAGGCCAACUCAACCCUUAUGGCUCCUGAGGGACCCCACUUGGAGGAGAGACCCCACAAAUGCCUUGACUGUGGGAGGAGCUUUGGAGACAGCAGAGGCCUCCUCACCCAUCAGCGGAUCCACCUGGAGAUGAGACCUUGCACGUGCUCAGAGUGUGGGGAGAGCUUUGGUGUGAGGUCAGCUCUUCUUGCACACCGGAGAAUCCACACUGACAAGAAACCCCACAUAUGCCGCGACUGCGGGAAAUGCUUCAUUCGGGACUCAGAUCUGAUGAUCCACCAGAGUGUCCACACAGAAGAGAAGCCCUAUAAAUGUGAUGAGUGUGAUAAAUGCUUCACCCACAGAUCAAACCUCCUUGCACAUCUCAAACACCACGCAGGAAACAAGCCCCAUCAGUGCGGGGCCUGCGGGAAAAGCUUUGUGAAACGGUCUGUCCUCAUCAGGCAUCAGAGGACCCACGUGGAAGGGCAACCCUUCAGAUGUUCCUUGUGUGGCAAGGGCUUCAUUCAGACCUCGAGUUUAACGAGACACGAGAAAGUCCAUGAGGCAGAAAGACUCUCCAAGCCCCCUGAGUGGUUGGCGGAGAUGAACAACACAUUCAUCGACUCCCGCGGGCGUGCGUGGAACUGGGUGCAGGAAUACCCAGCCGCCCAUCUCUGGGCUGGGGAGACAGCAAUCAAAAACCCCAAACUGAUCCCAGAUGCUCUGUCUAAGCCAGGUCUAGCAAACUCCAAGCAGAACAGCUGGAGCAUCAGUCAGCCCCUCCUAGAUUCAACCCUACAUCCUCUCCCUUCUGCUGGGACAUUGAAGAGGGAAGAGAAUAAAGAAAAGCCAAGUGUUGACUGAAAAAAAUCCCUCCUGUUCCUCAGACCAUUUCCCUGGGCUGCUACCCACAAGGCAUUAAUGCUGGGAUUUUUUGUGGAGCCUCAGGAAGCUGGGGGUGAAGAGAAGUGUAUGUCAGGUAUUCAGGUGCAAGGGCUGCAGAGCAUUUUGGACACCAGGGAUGCCCAGUGAUUUUAUGAGCCAAUCCUUAUACUUCUGAUGACUGCUGUCCUCUCACUUGGGGUUUUGCCAUCAUGUGAAGGGGCAGGGACAGCAGCAGCAGGGAGAUCUGCUCCCUGUCCCUUUGUGUCUCAUCCAUCCUCAUCCUCCUCUGUUUCCCUGCUCAGUCUCUGGACCAGGCCUUCUGUUUUUCUGCAGCAUUCCCUUCUGUGCAGCAGCACACAACAGUGACCUCCCACAGCUGUCACUCCCAGGCCUUUUCCCCUCAUUUCCUCUGCUAAAACCAUCCAUACCAACACAGCAAAUGCUGGCAGGUGUAGUGGGACUGCCAGUCAUAAAACAGAAUUAACUGGGGUUGGGAGAGUUCAGAUCACAUAUGGCCUUCGUCUCACGCUCGCUCCAAGCUCAGGAAGAUGAUGCUGACACAUGGGCUUUGCAUUUGGAUAGUCUCCUUCAUAACAAAGAGGAUAUUUUUUUUUCAUUUUUCAAAUAAAAGCCCAGAUUAAGCAGAAUCUGUAAGCUCUAGUAGGCCACACAGAUACCUCAAGCAAGCUAGAUCAUUGAUACUGUUCUCUUACUACAGUGGUGGUCAACAGGGAAAUAUUUUAGGUGACUGACAGUGAUAUUAUAUCUCAAAAACAGAUAUAUAGGGAAACAGAUCCAUUGCAUCAUUCUGUUCCUCUUCCAGAGACCAAUACAAGUCUUUCUAAUGCUUAUUGGAAUGCUUAUUGGCAGUGAGUUCGAAUGAGGAUUUUUCAUUAAAAUUGAAACUUUCUUCUAGGGGCAACGGUUGGAAAGGUCCUGAUUAAUUCAGUAGCAGAAAACUCUUUGCAGUUGGCAGAAGUUCAUCAAUUUGAUAUUUUUCAUUUUAAAUUACAUGUAUCAGCUUUGAGCGCCCCAAGGGGAGAAGUCAUACAUUGAAAUAAAAUAACUGGGUAAAGGCUGAAAUGCUGCCAGAGCUCCUGAAGGUGUGAUUAAGAAAAGCGGAGAGAAUGAUACAGAAGUAUGUAUGUGAAUGCAUAUUCCUGUAGAUGGGUGACAAAAACAGAACCUCAGUUGAUAUCGGCAGUGCAGCAGGGAUAAAAAUAAUAUACUUAAUUAAAACAACAACAAA